UAUUCUCCGACCUGGAAGCUCGGAGUCUUCUGUCCGUCUGUACACGAUCCUCGACUGGACCCACGGAGCGUCGAGCAGGUCGAUCGAAGCGGGAUUGUGGAUGCAGGAACGAUGGUCGCACCCUGAGCCAGGACGGGCCACCCGAAGACCACACACGCACUUCGGAACACCAGCAGCACUAGCAGCAGCAGCAGCUGCGGCGGAGACGCGGAGCCAGAGUCGACAGCGGGGACGAUGUCUACGACGGCGCGAUGGCAGGUGCCGACGAGGAUGGAGAUGACGGGGUGCGAUGUGUUCGUCGGGGCCAUGCCCAUCCGCCUGCCGCCAUUCUCCCCACGCCCGCUGGCCCCAGCUCUGGCCCGAAUGGGGGCGAUCCACUUCUACACGGUGGUUCAACGACCGUCACCCGGCGGCUUUCCUUACGUGUAUUUCGACUUCCUACCGGAGAGUCCGGAGGAUCCUGCAGUUGCAUUCGGUGCUCUCCUGGGCCAGAGAAUACCCGGAAUCGUCCAAGAGAGGAAUCUGCGAAGACUGCCGACUAAAAGUUGUUGGUGGAUUGGGAAGACGGCGGAAGACAAGGGAGUGGAAAGCGUGAGGGAGUUCAAUGAACUCUGGGAUAAGCGCUUGUUGCUCUUCCGGCACGACUGCAGACAUUACACCGAUGCUCUGGUGGACCAUUUGACCGGCGAGGCUGGUGUGAUCGAACGAGUCAUGGAGCUGAAAAGAAACGAUGUCGACGCAGCUCAGAGGUUCACGGAGUAUGACUGACUAGCUCCUGUCCCCACGUUGGACACUUAAGCUUGUAGAUAGUGAGGAUGGCACAGUGUCAAAAUGGAGAACACUUGAAAUCGUGUGGGAGGAAGAAUGUUCUUUGACCGACAUCGGCUAUCACUCACUACUGACUCUUGCCUGACAGUUGCGCCGUACUCACGAGAGUCAAGCUCGUGCUUUGUUUGUUUGUUUGCUUGCUUGCUUGCUUCUAAGGAUCGUGAUUCUAAGCUCUUUACCACAUCUGAGUGAAGUACAUUCGCGUUCCAAGUCUUUGGUGAACGUUCCUUGUUCACAGUCUCUGCCGAAUUCGGUCCGUGGGGUUUUCCUCGCCUCUCUACUCUGUUCGCCGGAGCAGAUGCGAGACCACUUUGCGUCUUCACCCACCACUACUAGCAAAGGAGAAGAGAAGAGAGCCCUCGUACUGCACUAGUCCACUGGAGACAAGAAGUUUGCAGUUCCAAGAGCUCGGCGUCAGAUCCGGUUCGACAAAUCGUUUGGCACAGUCCCCGCCUGCCAACACUUGACUCCAAACGUGGGGGUAGGGGUGGGGGUUUCUCGCAAACAUACUGAUUAGCAGCGAGACGAGACUUCUCGAGAUAAACGCUUCUGUGCAGGCCAUGUAUGCCCUGCAGUCCGUUCCGAUGCGGACGUGAGAAUGUCCUUAACUCGGGUGCCGUGAUACACUAGCGCACGAGCUUCAGGGGCCGCACAAUUCUAAAAAAACUCCUUCCUUUGUCCCGAGCAACUCUGACAUCGGUCUGUCAAUGCUUCUCAUCCAUCAUACGUACUGGUCUCAUUGUAGUAUACAUCUCGAGAGAUUGCCCACAUUCCCAUCAUGGAAAUUUGGCAUCCAACACUCUGUCCGGAAGAAGACGAACGCAUUAAAUUGUUUUGCAUCCAGACUACUUCUCGAUCCUAUUCUCACCUCCAUCGAACCAUGAGGGCGGAGCCAAGAGGACUGGAGACCAGACCAGUUUAAUAACAACCAACUGCAUACUGCCUGCCAGUACAGUCUGGCAGGCCCAUCGAUGAAAUGCUGCCGGGGAUCUGGUUCUUUUCCCUCACUUUUACUCUCCGCGAUAGAAUUUCGUCAAGUUAAAGGAGGUUUUGAUAUCAAUUCCGGUCGAGAGAAACCUUUAUGUGGAGUAUUGCUCAAACUUCGAUGGGUCUCUUGCCAACGAAGCUUUCCGGUCACUGGUGCGUGUCCAGUCUGGCAAAGUUACCCUCCUCUCUCUCUCCCCGCGAAGAGUACGAGACGUCGCAGCUGUACGGGACGUUCCGUCCUGUUGAAGCUGACGUACAUUAGCACAGGGAAACUUGGUGGAACCGAGUAGACAGAGCCCAAGCCUUCAAGAGAAUUCCCUCUUCCUAAUUCUCCUCUCUGAUUUCCCAGAGAGACGUCCUCAUGCGAUGUCACCCAACUAUCAAUGUCCAUCACGUACCUUGUCUUUGUAGUAAGCAAUAACCAACUUUUGUGAACAGAUAAAUAUCGAGGAGAGCGGCUAGUUAUCCCUCACGUGGGGCUGAUCAGAUCACAGGCUAGAACAAGCCCGACCGUAUGCCAUCGGACGGAUUCUAGAGUGGCGCGAUGGGCGGGUGAGUUCUUCACGGUUGGAUGGACAUAAGGGGAUGAUUAGCCAAAAGUCUAAUUAGCCCUCACUAUACUAUAUGACAUUUCAGUGCGAUGUGGCUAUAUUGAAUUUCGCGAUUACAUGUGUUUCUAAUCGAUUUUAAAGAUUUCAAGGUGUCAAAAUUCACGAAGAAACUUAAUUGUCAUCUCCACGAUUCAAAAGUCUUGACGGCGGAAAAGGGCUCGUGGGUACGAAUUUCUAUGUGCGAAUUUGAGCGUUUGAGAUUAGUAAUACUCAAAAGGAAAUGCUUAGUACUCCUCAAAAGACCUCUUAGAUAUAUUUUGCUUGACAGGUUCAAUCACUCUGUGAUUGAGUGGCUGUCGAUCCAGUGUUGCUUAUUUCCAGUCUUGCGGGAAGU